CGUGGUUGCUUCAGAUAAUGAUGCUGAUCGCAAACGUUAGGUAUAUAAGCAAAUAAAUGUCUUAUUACUCUGCUUUGAGAUUCAGACACCUCUAGAGAGGUUACAGGAAAAAGGAUGCGGUGGCUGGUGGUAUUGUCACUGGCGGCUGCACUGGCGCUGGUGGCGGGGCGCACGCGCAACAGCUUCGACGACGUAGACCUGGAGAUGCUGCUGAAGGAUGAGCCGCAGUGGCGAGCCAUAUACCGCUGUCUCAUGGAUAGAGGGCCGUGUCUGCCUGAAAUGCAGAGAUUUAAAGAUAUGCUCCCGGGAUUGGUGCAGAAGAAGUGUGAGCAGUGUUCAUCGAAACAGAAAGAGAAGUUCGAUCAGGCGAUCAAGCUAAUCGCGUCUAAAUAUCCCAGUGAUCUGCAGGAUUUAAUGGCCAAGUAUUCUCCAAAAACAGAAUUAAACUAAGCAUUGGUAAAAUAAUAACACAGUGUGAUAGGUUCCACUCUGCGACGCAUACGACAAUUAUAAUAACUGGCGACUGACACAUGUGACUAAUAAAUAAAUCCAUGCAACGCUUUCUCCAACAGUUGUAUAUUACAGUUGUAUAUAAAGCAGGGCUCCCAUAAUAUAUACAAUAUUAUGUGGCGGUCCGGUUGCUAAAGGAGGGGCGUGUGCCCAGCAGUCGGUCGCAUAUAGGCUAUUUAUGUUUAUGUAUAUUAUCUUUUAUGUAAUGUUAUGUGGACCCAGCUUUAUUAAUAUUAUGUGUUUAUUUUUAUAGCGUAUUUUUUAAAGUGCUUAUAUUUAACCUUUUUUAUUUAUUUUACGCGAAUAAAAUAUAACGCUAUGUUUUAUUAUAUUGUGUAAGACUAAUGCCAGGAAAAUUAUGACUACAAAUCUACAAUACAGUCACGUAUUUAAUAUUUUUGAAUUUAAUAUUUCCAUUUGGAUUUUAUGUAUUCUUGACAUUAAUUUUAUUUGAGAUUUAUAUUUUUCAUUCAAAAUUAAUAAACCUAUCUUAUCUGUUGUUUUUUCGGGAUACUAAUUACUAAAAGUUUUUUAUUAUAAAUGUAUUUAAUUGUAAAUUAAAUAAGGAAUGCCUAUCAUCUAUGUUACUAUUAUAAUAAUAUAAAAUAUAUCUAGUUACAUGAAACUAACUUAUUUGUUAAUAACAAUGUGCUUAAUAAUUUUAAUGCUAUUUAUUCCACGUACCUUUAAGUAUGAGAUUAAAGAAUAAUAUUAUUUAUAUUAUAAUAGUUGAGUGUUUUAUUUAUUAUUGAUACACUCGUAACGUGUUACCACAGUAACAUAAUAUACAUCAAUGCAUUGAUUGCAGGCACCUGCCUGCAUGCCACCUGGCAUGGAUGUUUUUGAGAAUCGACUAAAAUAAAAAAAUAUAUUGGCCUAAGAUCACGCUAGACUAACGAUAAGUGGAAUCAUAUAUGUAGACUAACAUAGAUAUACCUCUUCUCGUAGUAAAUCCUUCCUUUCCUCCUUUCCUUUUAUGUUGUAUAUUUUAUUUCCUUUUAUAUUGUAUAAACUCUCUGGAUAACUAAUAACUUUGUUUGAGGUUUACGCGGUUUAACGCGAUAUGAACCCGGUAUUAUGUGUUUUAAUUAUAACUAAUAACUGUAUUUUCUUCUCAUAUUAAGUGAAUUUGUAAUUCUUUAUGGUAAAUAAAUAUCUUUAACCAGAAUUAUACGCGAGCAAUAAACAGUUUUACGUAUUUGCUCUUAUACAAAC